AUGCCUUCCGACCUCUCCAGCUACCUCGCAACACACUACCUGACCGCGGACCCGAAGCCGACCAAGAAGCGCAAGCGCAAGCAAGGCGACGUCUCAACCGGCCUAAUAAUAGCCGACGACGACGACGCGGGCUGGACGCGCGCCUCGGGCCGCGACGACGACGAGGAGGGCGGCCCCGCCAUGGUCACCGGCACCAGCGCCGAGUUCCGCAAGGCGAAGAAGUCGAGUUGGAAGGUGUUGGGCGGGGGCUCGAUCAAGCCCGGCGACAUACGAUCCCAGAACGCAACAAACCCAGAACAAGAUCAGUCCGCCAAGGACGCCAACGCGAUCCUCGCCUCAGCCGCGGCCGAGACCAAAGCCGCGGACGACGCGGACGACGCCGCCGCCGCGGUCAUGAUGUCCGACGGCACGUUCGCAGGUCUGCAAACGGGCGCUACCGUGAAUGCACAGCUGGAGGCACGCCGGCGGCGCGAGCGCGCCGAGUUCGAGACCGAGACGGGCGGCAAGGGCCACAAGGAGGCCGAGACGAUCUAUCGCGACGCGACGGGCCGGCGGGUAGACGUGAGCAUGAAGCGGGCGGAGCUGCGGCGCGAGGCCGAGGAGGCGGCCAAGAAGGAGCGGGACGCGCAGGAGGCGCUCAAGGGCGAGGUGCAGAUCGAGGCGUCUCGCCGGAGGCGCGAGGACCUGCUGGACGCCAAGACGAUGGCCGUGGCGCGCGGCGCGGACGACGAGGAGAUGAACGCCGAGAUGAAGGGCAAGGUGCGCUGGGGAGACACGAUGGUGGCGUUCGUGGGGCAGAACGAUGGCCGGACUGUCGGUGCUGCUGGGGGAGGAGGAGGAGGGAAGGGGUCUGGAGGGAAGAAGAUCAAGGGACGGCCGAUAUAUCAGGGUGCGUGGGCGCCGAAUCGGUAUCAGAUACGGCCGGGGUACCGGUGGGAUGGUGUCGAUAGGAGUAAUGGGUUUGAGGCUGAGCGGUUCAAGGCCAUCAACCGUCGUGAGAGGAACAAGGGUCUAGAGUACUCGUGGCAGAUAGACGAGUGA